AAGUCUAGUCAAACACUACCUUAUUGUCAAUGUGCCGGCAACGUGCUACGAUAAAAUUAAAUUAAAAAAGUAAAUCUUGGUCACGAUCAAACAAUAGAAACCCUAACAAAUAAGAUUGCUAAACAAAAGAUGUUUGUACUAAUUUAUUGAAUUUUGAAACCCACCAAUUCUUUUGAGGCUUCUUGACCUUGGUGCAUAAACAAUUUGUGUCUGUGAAAGCCGGGCUUUAUUUAUUGUGAAAUAACCCUGUAUUAUAUGCAGUCAAAUCAACGGUCAACGUCAAGUAAUCAACCUAAUUUUCCACGCAAAAGAAAUACACAUGUUCAAGGGUUGAAAUCUAGACUUCGAUCAAAUAUUAAUUCAAUUUUAUCCAAUUAUGAAAUGAUUUUAUCACGAUCCAAGAUUGACCCAAAUGAGGUUACUAAAGGUCUUGGUCCAUAUGCUCAGUGUGCUCAAGAUACAUUUGAAUUCAGCGUAAGAGCAGCAAAUAUAGUACAUGCUUGUGAAAAUAUCACUCGUCUAGUAUCAGAAAUUAAACAAUUUUUAAUAUUAGGCGAUUUUCGUUGGUUAGCACGAGUGAAUUCAUUAAAUCAAGAAAAAUUGAUUCUUCAAAAAUUAGAUUUAGAUCGUGUCAGUAAUCGAUUACGUGAUAAACUUGUUGCUGAAUUACAUAAUUUAGAACAAGAAACAAGUCCAGAUUAUCCUAUUAAUACUUUUCCAAAAAACUAUUCAACAGUAAAAAAAAAUACAAGUUAAUUGUUGUAUCUUCACGUACUUUUAUCAAUUAUAAAUAUCCAUUGAGUUAGUUAUAUUGAUAUUCCUUAGCGUUGAUCAUUCAUUCCAUGAUGGAAACUCUUAGUAAAUGAGAAAUUUUCUAUUCCUAAUCAACAAUGUAAACAUUGUUCUCUCCCCUUAAUUGAAAAAAAAAUUUACUUCAAAGCUGGUUUAAAUCAAUGCUUGAACUAAUGAUAAGGAUUAUAUUAAAUGGUCGCUUUAACUACUUCACUUAUUUUAGAAGUUCUAUCAGCCCUGAUGAAUUGGUAUCUGACAAAAUCUUGGUACGGAUUCUGAAGGGCCGGCGAGCAAUUCGGAACUUGCAUCUUAGUCAUCCCAACAUAGAUAUAAAAAACAAGGUGUUCUAAUAAAACUGACUACGUGUAAGUAGUUGUGAUAGGUUUUUAUGUUUUGUCACAUC